CCUCUCGCAUCCGCUGCAACAAUGGCGGCGCCAGACGCUCCCGCCAAGUUCUCGCUCGCCCUGGGCUCCAAAAAGUCCGCCCAGUCGCGUGCGCCCCCGAAGAAGCGCCCGCACUCUGCCCUCCACGACUCCGACGACGAAGACGCCGGCCCCCAGGCGCAGGAGGUUUCCCACUUUGACCAGUCGGCCGGCGGCGCAAUCGAUGCCAGCAAGCCCUCCCAGACAAAGGGCCCGCUGGUCAUCCCCAAGCAAGCGAAUCGCGACUGGAGGGGCGAAAGCCAGACCAAGCGACAGAAGAACCUACUCCCGCCCGAGGCCCAGGCAGCACAGGCGGCAGCGCAGAACGGCGACACCAAGGAUGCCGACAUCCCCGAAGAACAGCGCACCUUCGGCCUAAACAUCGUCAAGAAAGCGGACGGACUAGAUGGAGCUGCGGCGGAGGAUGACACGGCGCCCGCCGCCGACGAGCCAGCGCCCGCGGAACCAAAGACGGAAGAUCAGUUGGCGCUCGAAGCUCUCUUAGGCCAGAAGCAGAAAUCCGACCUUGCAAUUCCGGCCGUCGAAUCCGAAGAAGAAGCCUUCCGUCGCGACUAUGACAACGCGCCCGAGAUGGCGACACUGGAGGAGUACGAUGCAGUGCCCGUGGAGGAAUUCGGCGCGGCGCUAUUGCGCGGCAUGGGUUGGAAAGAAGGCGAAGCCAUCGGCCGCAGGAAGGGACAAAAGGCUGUGCAGCCGCGCGUUCUGGAGAAGAGGCCCGCGCUGCUGGGUAUUGGCGCGAAGGAAGACGCGGCUGUCGGUGAGGAAAUGGGCUCGUGGGGCAAGGGAGCAAAGAGCAAGAGGAAAACAGAGCAAUCUUACAACCCGGUCAUGCUGCGCAACAAGAACACGGGUGAGCAGCUCACCGAGGAGGAGCUCAAGGCGAAAAUGGAGGAGCAGCAAGUGGCAGAGCGCGAGCGCGAGCUCGAGCUGGCGAAGCGCGACAAGUCCCCCGCACGAGACUCUGGCCGCCAUCGCUCUGAAAAGUCCUCCAGGCGCAGCAAAUACGACGACGACGACUACGACUCUGAGCGACGUGACCGGGACCGCCGGCGGGACCGCGACCGCGACCGCGACAGGGACUACGACAGCAAGCACCGGUCGUCGCGCCGAGACCGCAGCGAGACGGACGAGGACAGGCACAGGCGGCGAAAACGCGACAAGGACUACGACGACUACGAUCGCAGGGACAGGGAUCGCAAGCAGCGCGACCGCGACCGUGAUCGCGACCGCGACCGAGAGGAUCGCUACUCCAAGGCGUCGUCGUCGCGGCGCGACGACAGAGACAGAGAUAGGCACCGCGACUCGGAUCGUGAGCGCCGUCGGAGACGGGACGACUAUUGAUUUGACCGCCGGAUUGCGGGACGCUGGCUAUAUCCGUUGCCAGCACGUUGAUAGAACAAGCGAACAAGCCUAAUUAACCCGGUUCUGGGCUCGAGAGUCUCUGAAGCCGAACAGGUCCGCUCCAGCACUGCGUGUCGAACAAACGUAUCAUUUGCAUCGCUACGCUACGAUUGUACUACGGUAAGUCCAAAUAUAUCGCCGAGAGCAGAUGAAGUCAUUUACCUUAGGUAGGUCUACAAACUAUUUGCUAGAAGGCAUCAUAACCGUACAGGCACUGCGGUCUUGCUGGAUCCUAGACAUUGUUCAUGGGCUGGUCACGGGUUUUAUGGAAUUAAUUCCUGGAGGAGAUUGCAUCGGGGUAGCAACCCACAACUCUGUAGCAGUAUCCGAUAUCAUACCCAAGCAAUUUUACAAUGGAACCCAU